UUGUCAGUAGAGCGGCUCGCCUUGCAGGGCGGAGCCCGUCACAUCCGCUUUACGCUUACCUGGGACUCAACAUGCACUGUCCAACAGGGGGACAGAAAGUUAUCGCCCUGGAGAAGGUUGCCAAUGGUGGUGUGCAGGCCUUGCACGGACAUCUUAGCUCGCCAAACGAACCUGGCGGCUUAUUUAGCGCCCCACAAGGGUACUUGGGCAGGGGAUAGAACUUGCCUAAAGCGACAACAGGAGUGCCUUCCUCACCAUUCCCAGUGGCCGAGGAUCACCCUGAAUUUUCCACACCUGCGUAACCCGCCCGCUACUGCCGCUUAUGUACUGGCACUGCCUUUCUGCCUCUCCCAUGAUUCUAAGACCGUUGACAGUACACACCGGGGAUACCUUACCUCACCUACCUUGAUCCUCGGCACGACACGCACUGAGCCCAACGCUCGCUGGCCGCCUAGCCCGCCCGAUUCGCCCAUCGCCUCGGCUUACAACCAAAAUGUACACACAAACUUGCACGCUGCUCCCUGGAUUGCGCUACGGCUCUUAUUAUAUACUAUGUGGUAUACAUACCUUACUCCGUACUGGAACUACCUAGCUAUGCCGCCACCAGAGAUCCGAACACCAGCUCAGCAGCAGCCUUGCUGGACUCGUCAGUUUGCGUCACCCCCAACUUCCACCUGUCGGGACUAAGCGGGCUACUGCGUACUGCGUAGAGCCGCCCAGACACCCAGAGACCCAGCUCUUUCCUUGCCUGUGAUCAGGCCCACUCUAAUAAGGUGCAGUGCCGGGUAUGGUGUGUUGUAAGGUAAGUGCGGUAAGGGAAGU